GGCCGCUCGUUUUUUUUCCCGGCCCGGCCACCGUUUUUUUCGCGUUGAGAUGACUUUUUUUUUUCUCCUGAGCGUCAGUUUUUUUUUUCCCCGCCCGGACAGCAGUUUUUUUGGCUCCAGCGCGGGCGGUUUUUUUGGCAGCGCGGGCGGCGCUUUUUUUUCGGAGGGCCCGGCGGUUUUUUUUGUGCCGGGGGGCGCGGGUUUUUUUGGCGGCGUGGUGGGCGCUUUUUUUGGCGAGGACAACCGGAGUUUUUUUGGGGAGCCGGGGAGCGCUUUUUUUGGCAGCGACGUGAAUGGUUUUUUUGCCGUCGGGGGACUGGUUUUUUUUGCGCAGGGCGUGGGCGUUUUUUUUUUCCUGGCAGCCUUCAUUUUUUUUGCCGUGGCAGGUAACUUUUUUUUUAUCCUCUCAGUGGCCUGUUUUUUUCACCUGCAGACUGUCACUUUUUUUUUCAUCGUGAACCUGGCUUUUUUUGACCUGCUGCUGAGUGCUUUUUUUCUGCCCUUCUCGGCCACUUUUUUUGUUCUGGGCUUCUGGGCUUUUUUUCGGGCCUUCUGCGACGUUUUUUUUGCCGUGGACGUGCUGUGUUUUUUUGCCUCCAUCCUCAGCCUUUUUUUUAUCUCCGUGGACCGGUAUUUUUUUGUGCGCCACUCACUCAAUUUUUUUGCCAUCAUGACCGAGCGUUUUUUUGCCGCCAUCCUGGCGCUUUUUUUUGUCGUAGCCCUGGUGGUUUUUUUUGGGCCCUUGCUGGGCUGUUUUUUUCCCGUGCCCCCUGACGAUUUUUUUUGCGGUAUCACCGAGGAUUUUUUUUACGCUGUCUUCUCCUCUUUUUUUUCCUUCUACCUGCCCAUUUUUUUUAUCGUGGUCAUGUAUUGUUUUUUUUACGUGGUCGCGCGCAGUUUUUUUCGCAGCCUCGAGGCGGGUUUUUUUCGCGAGCGAGGCAAGGCUUUUUUUGUGGUGCUGCGCAUCCAUUUUUUUGGCGCGGCCACGGGCGCUUUUUUUGCGCACGGCCUGCGCAGUUUUUUUGGCCACACCUUCCGCAGUUUUUUUUCCGUGCGCCUGCUCAAUUUUUUUCGUGAGAAGAAAGCGGCUUUUUUUCUGGCCAUCGUCGUGGGUUUUUUUGUGCUCUGCUGGUUCCCUUUUUUUUUUGUCCUGCCGCUCGGCUCCUUGUUCCCGCAGCUGAAGCCAUCGGAGGGCGUCUUCAAGGUCAUCUUCUGGCUCGGCUACUUCAAUAGCUGCGUGAACCCGCUCAUCUACCCCUGUUCCAGCCGCGAGUUCAAGCGCGCCUUCCUCCGUCUCCUGCGCUGCCAGUGCCGUCGUCGCCGGCGCCGCCGCCCUCUCUGGCGUGUCUACGGCCACCACUGGCGGGCCUCCACUAGCGGCCUGCGCCAGGAUUGCACUCGGAGCUCGGGCGACGCGCCUCCCGGAGCGCCGCUGGCCCUCACCGCGCUCCCCGACCCCGACCCCCCAGGCACGCCAGAGAUGCAGGCUCCCGUGGCCAGUCGCCGAAAGCCACCCAGCGCCUUCCGCGAGUGGAGGCUGCUGGGGCCUCUCCGGAGACCCACCACCCAGCUGCGCGCCAAAGUCUCCAGCCUGUCGCACAAGAUCCGCGCCGGGGGCGCGCAGCGCGCAGAGGCAGCGUGCUCCCAGCGCUCAGAGGUGGAGGCCGUGUCCCUAGGCGUCCCCCACGAGGUGGCCGAGGGCGCCGCCUGCCAGGCCUACGAAUUGGCCGACUACAGUAACCUGCGGGAGACUGAUAUUUAAGGACCCCAGAGCUAGGCCGCGGAGUGUGCUGGGCUUUGGGGUAAGGGGGACUAGAGAGGGAGGCUGGCGUUGUUCUAAGAGACCCCGUGCAAAUCGGAGACCCGGAAACUGAUCAGGGCAGCUGCUCUGUGGCAUCCCUGAGGAACUGGGUGGAGCUUGAGGCUGGAGCCCUUGAAAGGUGAAAAGUAAUGGGGCCCCCUGCUGGACUCAGGUGCCCAGAACUCUUUUCUUAGAAGGGAGGGGCUGCGGGCUCCGUGGGGCCAUUUGCUCCCAAUCCCUAUUUGAGAAACACUGCCCCAUCCUCCAUGCCCUGAACCCUGAGUAGACAGCCCCAAGCAUGCCCAGGAAGGCCUGCCCCUCCUCUUCUGGGGAAUGGGCACAGAAGCUUUGGCCGGCUACCCCAGUGCCUCCCUUAGGGAAAAAGUCAGUGGGACCAGGGCUCCUCAGUGGACAAAUUUCUCCUUCUUACUGCCGACUGGAGGAACCCAGUGGACCUACCACCACCACACAAGCUUUGGUGGCAGAUUGUAUGGCCGUCAUACAAGCCUGUUGUAUUUAUCCAUGGGCCCACUCUCCGCCACCCAGGCUCCUCCGUGCACACCCCAUCACCUGGCCCUAGCCCUUAUUACUUCCCCUCAAGGGCCUUACUGUUUACACUCUGUACAUAGCUCAUCGUGCCUGUGCCCAUCACUUCUUGCUGGGAUUCCGAGCCACCAAUUGGAGAGCUUUAUUUGUCAUUUUGAGACAUAUUUAUUGGUAAGAGUACUUCUAUUUUGUCCAAACUGUGCAAACUGUCCCUCUUGAGCUCAUAACCCAUUAAAAAAAAAAAAAAAAACUACUUUUUUCCC